AUGCGUGAGAAAUCUGAGACAGAUGGCAUCGUCGCAUCCUCGGCUAGUGGAGAACAUCCGACAAUCAUAGCGGAGACAAAAUCAGAGAGUGACCAUGAUAAUCACUCCCUAUCAGGUGCCUCUAGUAAUACUGCCAACGAAGAAAAUGACCUAGAGAAUCCCCCACCCCUAGAGCGCCAAUUGACGGAGCUUGGUCCGCCUAUCAAUGUCCCCCGACUCCAGCGCAGAGGCUUGUUCGGCCAGUUAGCAUUGGUGGCAGAGGUUGAAAACCCAAAGACAUACACUCGCAGAAUGAAAUGGUUCAUCACAUUUGUCGUCGCUCUUGCCGGAGCCACAGCGCCAAUGGGCAGCGCGAUCUUUCUACCUUCACUAUUACAAGUAACCAAGGACUUGAAUACGACAACUACCAUCACUAAUCUAUCGAUCGCGUUGUAUAUGCUGGCCAUGUCAAUAUUCCCGUUGUGGUGGGCGUCAUUCAGCGAGCGACUUGGGCGACGGACCGUCUAUCUGGCGUCUUUUGCUCUAUUUGUGGUCUUCAACUGUCUUUGCGCAGUCUCAAAUUCUAUCGGAAUGCUGAUUGUAAUGCGAAUGCUGAGUGGUGGCGCUGCUGCUUCUGUCCAGGCGGUUGGUGCUGGCACCAUCGCCGAUCUCUGGGAAUCUAGGGAGCGAGGACGAGCCAUGGGUAUCUUUUAUUUAGGUCCGCUGUGCGGGCCCUUGUUUGCACCCAUUGUCGGAGGUCUCCUAGCUCAGCGCUGGGGAUGGCGGAGCACGAUGUGGUUCCUAUCGGCAUUUGGUGCUAUUACUCUCAUUUUUAUUUUGUUCGCCCUUCCCGAGACCUUGGCCAUGCAAAAGCCUGUGUUGUCUGAACUUGAGGACGAGGAAGAUACAGCUAUCAGCCGCCCGUUGAGUCGAGUCUCAUCGCAGCAGGUUGUUCGAUCCACUGCAAGGGUCCUCAAGACUUUGAAGAUGGUCCUCAUUGAUCCGCUCAAAAUCAUUCUCUAUCUGCGGUUCCUCCCCGUCGCUCUCACUGUGUACUAUGCUAGUAUCGCCUUUGGCUCCCUCUAUGUCCUCAAUAUCAGUGUUGAGCAUACCUUCUCAAAAGAGCCAUACAACUUCUCCACCAUCAUCGUUGGUUUGCUGUACAUUCCGAACUCACUGGGCUACAUGGUGACCAGUAUCUUUGGAGGCAAAUGGAUGGACAGCAUCAUGCAACGGGAGGCGAAGAAGGCAAAUCGAUACGACGAGAAAGGCAAACUGGUACUACGACCAGAAGAUCGAAUGCGUGAAAAUGCAUGGCUUGGCGCCUUCAUGUACCCGGCAGCGCUGAUCUGGUAUGGGUGGGCGGCGGAGAAGGGAGUCUUUUGGCUUGUCCCAAUGAUUGCCAACUUCUUCUUUGGCAUGGGCUCCAUGCUCAUUUUCAGUAUGGUAACCACCAUGCUUACAGAAUUCAUGCCGAAAAGAUCCUCAGAAGGUGUGGCUCUCAACAACUUCAUGCGAAACAUCUUCUCCUGUAUCGGUUCUGUCGUCACUGCUCCGAUCAUCGGUGGUAUCGGGAAUGGGUGGCUCUUCACCAUCCUCGGCCUUGUCAGUCUCGCAAGCAGUUCCGUCAUCUUCUUGAUGAGAGUCAAGGGCCCUAAGUGGAGAAAGACUAUGGAUGCACACAUGCGUGCAUAA